UGAAGUAAACAUGUCCUGAGUCAUUGAGUGUUACAAGCCGAAAAUAAAGCCUUACUGAACCACCUCUACAUCGAAAUCUAUCCCAUUGGAAAUCGAAUGGUGUUGAGUCCAGCAAACUUUCAGUGGCAAUUGCAUCAGCAAAGGUACUCCAAAGGUUUUAAUGAUGGUUUGGUUAAGGCAUCUGUUAAAGUGUAUGAAGCUUUAGCACAUGGUCGGCCAGCUGUAGCACUUAAAUCUCACCAUGAUUUCACAGGAUUUGAAGGUGCAUUUGCAGUUCAUAUAUGCAACUACAGAUGCAUACUAUGGAGUAUUCUUUGUUAUCUACAGUUGUUAGGACAUGAGAAUGGGUUGAAACACUCACUCUUGAUCUUUCUUUAGUAGCUUGGGUCGAACUUAGUCCCUUAGUCCACAAGGGAAUUUAGAGAGUUCAGUGUUUGAUCCAACAAAGUGAUUUCCAUGUCAGACGGCGUGAGAAUGUCGCACUUUUCUGUCCACAUCUCAGGCACAGAAAUGGAGGGUAGGCGCAUGGCGACGAGGAACAAGCCGAGGGGGCAAGCACCGGUAGCAUCCAUCGGGACUAGCCGGGCUGCAUCUCGGGUCUCAAGAGGAGGUCGUGGAUGCCAUCGGGCUCAAACUGUGAACGAUGGCCAUGUUAGCUCGGUGUAUGAAACCAACACUGAGUACUAUGACUCAACGUACGUUCUUGAAACGGAGCAUGAGGAGACCCCAUAUGACGGGAGUGAUACGCACACCAACGAGGACAACCAUUAGAGUGAUGCCCGAUUCACCCAAAUGGGUGAAUUGCUUGAGUGGUAUAAAAAGAAGAAACCGAGGAGAGACCUUAGGCGCCAAGCAAAAGUACCUCAGGAGAGACCUUAGGAGGUUCGGGUCAAGGAAGCCGGGGAGCUUCAAGGGCCAUUCCAGUAGCGACACAAGGUAUGCAGGGAGGAGGUUUCUGUGUGAGAAUCUUCAAGUACCUCAGGGAGGCUAGGGCCUUGGGGUGUAAGUCCUUCGAAGGGAUAUAUCCUUAUGCCGUCUAUUAGAACAAAAAUGAUUGGUCAAAACGUUGUGGUUUGCCAUAAAGAGGUAUAUCCUUAUGCCGUCUAUUAUUGCCACAGUUUAGAAGGGACGACGGCUUUCACCGCCUCCGUUUUGCGCCGCCGCCAGAAGCUACAUGAGGAUAAGGUGUUGGUUGCGUGCCACUCAAAAACUUCCACGUGGAACCCUAAUCAUUUGGCUUUCCAAGUUUUGAAAAUGAAACCUGGAGAAGGUACAGUUUGUCACGUCAUUGGUAACAAUAAUAUUGUGUGGGCCUCCCCAUAGUCAAAGUUAUUGGACACGAAAAUAAAGACUCUUAUUGUACAUUAAUUAAGUCAUACUUUUGGUAUCAUAGACAUGCCGACAUGUGUGAUCAAAAAAUGGACAAUUAUUGUUUAACAAAAAAACUCUAUCUAUACAUAUGUAAUAGAUAGUACUUACAACAUCUUCUACAAGAGUUUUUGUAAGAGUAAAUUGUACGCAAGUUGUAUCAAUUGUAUGUACGUUGUAUGGUGAAUAUAUGUAAUUUAUUCACCAAUCCUGUAUGUCGUAAAGUAAUACUCAUGCUAGAAAUUAUAUACGUAGUAUAUCAAUUGCUAUGAACAUUAU